GACUAUAAAAGCAAGUAGGUUGCAACUAAUAUUGUCAAUUUAACCAGAAAUGUUUACGUUUUGUGUUUCAUCGCUUUUAUUAGUGUGGAUUUUUGCAAACCUUUACAAUGGUUGUGCGGCAAAGCCCAACUGGGAGGCAACGCCAAUGUCGAUUACAGGUACCACCACAAAUCCCAGUGCCAUGGACAUGAAUCUGCGAAUUGAGCGCAUUUCCAGGUCGGAAUUCGGGUUUUCAGGCACAUUCUUCUGGAAUAUUGAUAUGGACGACAGCGUGAUGGUCGAGAUGCGUAUUCUGAGCAGUUACUCCGGUGACGAGUCCGAUUACAAACUGACUCCCAUGUCCAUUCCACCGCAGAAAUUCACCGAAUACAUCAAUACCUUUUACAAGGACAUGUUGAUGCCGAAUCUGGGCAAUUGCACCGAUUUGCCCGUCUAUGAAAAUGAAUUUGUACCGCCCUGGCCCCUGGCGACCUACAAUUUCACCCGCUGCGCUCUGAACGGCGAAGGAUUGCCGGAUAUUUUGGCAGAUGGCUACUAUAAAGGCGAAGCCAUCAUCACCGCCCAGCCAACUGUUGAAGUCACCGUGGCCGUCGUUCUGCGGAUCAGAACGAAAAUGUUCUAAAUACACUCGAGUAUUAAAAUCGCAGAACAUCUUCCAAUCUAUUGCCAACUGUUUUUGCUGUUGGGCAUUUCCGAGGUGUGGGCCGAAUUCCAGCUGCGACGAGGAGAUCGUCAUAAAAUUCGACCGACUCAGGGGCCAAUAAAUGAACCGGGCCAGGUAAAAAUCGCUUUUAGCCAGCUGAAGUCGGGCGGAGAGGCAGGCAGCAGGCAGUUCGAGUGUGAAAUUGGCAAGACAUGUUUGGAAACUGUUGUGGUAAGAAAAAAGAGUGUUUGCGGCAGUGUUAGUUGGAGGGAGCGAGGGGAACUUCAAGCAAAAUUGCACCAAGUGUCGCUGGCACUGAGAAAAAAGGGUUUUGGCCAAAGAAAAACGAACUGGCUUAA